AACAUAAAACGAAUGAAUCAACAAGUUCACCAAGCAUUUGUUGGAAAGCAAUUAAAAUUUGCGCGCUCUCUGAUUGAAUUACGGUUUUAAAUUAAUUUUAAUAUUUGUGAAUAGCAACAACAACAACAACAAUUACAGUUACAGUUAUAGUUACAGUUACAUUCUGCACGCAAGUAAAUAUUGGAAUUCAAAAAAGUACAGUACGCUCGGCUGCUAUUUUCGGUUCUUACGGAGAAGAUAUAAAGAGAGGACAUUAUAAAUAAAUAAUAUGUCGUGGACUUUGCUGAUUAUUGUGCGAAUUUUAAUAGCAAUAACUUUGAUUAAUAAUAAUUUCCCAAUGGUGAAGUCUGCGGCAGUAAUGGCAGAAAUAUCUACGGCUUAUGACAAUGAAAAUGAAAUGAAUGAUCAAGUACCGUUAGAUGAAAAACGUGCUUGGAAUUCGUUACGGAAUAUGUUUCGGGGAAAUCGAAUUCCACAGAUAGAUGAAAAUCUUGGUUAUGCUAUUUUAAAUGAAAAACGUUUAUGGAAAAAUUUCGAAGGUUCAUGGGAAAAGCCCGGUCAAUUGAAUAGUGAAGAGAAGCUCUUAUAUUCUAGUGCUACUACUAAUCCUGAGAGUAAAUUGCAAACGGCUUAUCUAACUAAUGCGGCAAUUUUAGAUCAAUUAGUCAGCGAAUUAAAUUCCAGCGAGGAUGUAGAUGAUGCUAACAAUAUGUUGACUGAGAAACGUGCUUGGAAGGCUUUGAAUGUAGCAUGGGGUAAAAGACGCAAUUCUCCGACUUGGAACAAAUUUCGUGGUGCUUGGGGUAAACGUGAGCCCAACUGGAGCAAUUUGAAAGGCAUGUGGGGAAAACGGUCAAAAAAUUGGCAGAAAUUACAAGGAACUUGGGGCAAACGUACUUCACGAUACCAUGAUGUGAAUUAAAUUUAUUUACCUUUGCUUCGAUGUAAUUGUGAUGAAAGUCAAUUUUAUUUUUUACUCUUCAUGUAUAAACUCACUAAAUACUAAAUCAAUUAGAUUGCAAAGUUCAGGUCAAUUAAACUGAUCUGGUUCCUAUAAACGUUACUGAUUUACUCAUAAAAUUCAUUUAUAUAUUUUAUUAAUUUAUAUUAUAUAAGCAACAAAAUGCAUAUGUAGU